AUGCGCUUCCGUGGGACAUUAACAAAGGAUGCACUAGCUGUACUAUUAGAUCUAGCCCAAUCAUUUACUCGUCUAGGAUCUCAAGGUAGUAAUCAAAAGAUUAAUUGCGUAUUCACACUAACGCCCGAGACAUUUUCUAUCGCAUUUAAAAGUGGUGGCACCACUGAAGAACUUCAGAGCUUUGCCCAUUUACAAGUAGCACGUCUUUUUCAUGAUGUUAUCGUACAGUCUCAGGCAAAUAAUUCCAUUGGAUUUCAAUGUGAUAUACGACACUUUCAACAAGCUUUAUCCUCAGGAAAAGACGCAAGUGCUGUCAUGUUACGGCUGCUGAAACGAGACGGUAGAAACUUUCUCUGCCUUCGAACAAGAGCCGUGGAUAUUGAUAUUGUCCAGAGUAUUCCCAUUGAAUUAAUGGCAAUGAGCACUAUGCAACAUUAUAAAGAACCUUGUGUACCUGCACCACAAAUUGCAAUUGAAAUGCCACCAUUACGAGCUCUGCGCAGUAUUGUGGAUCGACUCAAGGUCAUGCACAAGACACUGACGGUCGAAGCAAGCAAGAUGGGUACACUUAUUCUACGUAUUGACACCCUUCCAGUUACACUACAGACGCUCUUUGCACACUUGAAGUAUCGCGGCGAUUUAUUGGAUGAAGAUGAAAACGACGACCAAGAGGAGGUUGAGACAGAAAGAAAUCGACAAGAGCAUUCUUCGAGUGUUACUGUUGAUAGCAAAGUGCUGAGCAAAGCGAUUCUAGCUGAUGGACAGUCGACAGAAUCCAUACUGUGCUGUAUUACGGAGAAUAGAGCGAUGGUGCUGCAUUCCAUUCUUAAAGACGCGUUUGGGUCUUUCACGUGUUACAUUCCGGUGCUUACGCCAGAUCUCUAA